AUAUAAAACCCUCGGCCACCCACUACUACUCUCGUUAAGGGAUGUACUAGUAAUGGCUAGCUGAGCCAACCAUGACUGAGAGCCCGUCGAGGUUCAGCCGUGGUAGCCUAAAAGAGCUUCCCACCGAUUUAGUGUCGUCGCAUUGUGAAGCCUUAUUUCCUGCCUGCUGGUAGUACUAGUGGGUAGUAGUAGGACGUGGGUAAAUAUGUAUGCAUGUAUGUACAAGUGGUGAUCACCCCAGUUUGGGAGAUCUGCGCAACAUCUGGGCCAAUUGGAAGACUCUGAAGGGGACUCUAAAGUCCUUAUGGAGGGGUUGCUGCGGGACUUACUCAUUGCUCAGCUCUUCACUGGGAAGAAAAGGAAGGCGAUGCACAGCCAGGCCAUGAUGUACCUAUACAUCGCUGCUCAUCCCUCACCUGGGUUUCUGAUCAAGUAAAACUUAUUUUCGGCUUCUACAAUCUGCAUUCAUAUUCAAAAUUUGUGAGACAUUACUCUUAGGACCAUCCAGAAAUUGAAUAUGCCAGCCCAUAUCCCUAGCGGAACAUUCCAGCAACAUACAAUCAAUGAUGUGCUUUUAAUUCUCAACGCCUCGGACGAGACAUACUCAAUCAAUGAAAAAUUCGGCUUCUCAACAUCAGUCGGCCUGGUGUACGUCGAAAAGUUGAAGCUCGAGGGGUCCAUCACGCUGAGGGGCAAGAAACUAGGAAUCUUCUGCACGGAAGUGGACAUCGCACCUGAUACUACAAUCGAUGUGUCUGGGACUCAGGGUGAGCCCGGGUUGGGGGAAGGCACAGAUGGGGGUGAUGGCGGUAACGCAGGUGAACUUUGGAUGUUUGUGCAGCGUGCCACAGCAUCUUCCCUAGAAAGUCUUCAUAUCAGAGCCUACGGAGGUGAUGGUGGCCGUGGGGGAGAUGCCACCGCUUCUAGUGGAACUGGAGGGAAAGGCGGAAAUGGGGGCAAUGGCGGUAUCAAAUAAUCCACUGUUUGUCCCUUGACAAGGAAUGACGGGCUAACGAACUCUGCAUAACAGGAACAAUUCACGUUUUCUUUGGGAGCGACUGGAAGCUUGCUGCCAUGAAGGCUGGAAGCUUGAGGACGCUGCCAUGGCGAUUCCAACUUCCCGCGUUGCUCGAACAACCAAUCCGUGAAAAUUUGGUGGAUUCUCAGAUCUCCGUACUCCAUGAUUAUGAGCAACUUGCCGUUACACUUGCCAACCUAGUCAGCUCUUUAGAGCGUGUAGCUGAGAUAUACUCAAGUGUGGAGGAGGUGAAAACUUCCAUCCAGG